AUGUCCGACUCUCUAGAUUUCUCGCUGGAACAGAUAUCCCAGUCUUCAAACUCCAUAUCCACGCUGUACUUCAAGCCGCCGGGUAUUUUUCACAACGCAAUCGUCCAUGAACCGCGCACUUCCUACGCGGACGUUAUCACCAAAAUAAUCCGCGAUGGCGAUCCGCAGGACGAGGUAUCCCUGUAUAAGAUAGACAGCUCGGGACUCCCGAAGCGCAAAGAUGGCCGCAAGGGGGUGUUCGACUAUCUGACAGAGUUAGAAAUCAACCUCAAACGAAACCGCCGCCUCGGGAUUCAAGAUGAAAAUACCAUCAUCCAGGUACCCAAAGAAUUCUACUUGAAGCAGCAUGCCCAGGAGGCCAAGAAACGGAAGAAAAACACGGGCUACAUUCUAGAAGAUACCCAGACAGGCGGUGUUUUCGACGUGCUGCUGAAAAAAUUCGAAUCAGAUCCACGGUCGCAACAGUUACUAAAAGCGUUGCAAAAUGGCAGUGUCAUAACAAAUGAGCACGGUGAUGACGCUACAAGUAGAAGGAAAACCAUGUUUGUCGAAGAUUUCCCCGUAGAGCAAAUUCUUAAAGUUCUCAAUGAAGUAGUAACGGAGUGGCCCGUAGGAGAAUAUCAAAAACGGUAUGCGGAGUUACUGAAAAACUACAACGAAAUUAAUUCUGAAAUUCAACAGCUAAGGUCACAAAUUGAAGUCCAAGAGGCUCAACUUCACGGCAAUCAGGGUGCCUCCAGCGUGGUAAAACUAAUAGAAAAAGAGCAACGUGAAAUCGAAAAACUCGAGCAUCAGAUCCGCCAAGUACAAAAUUAG